GUACGCGCCGUCUGUUCUUACGUUUCUUGCUCGAUGUAUACGUGACGUGGUGACUGGUGGUGACCAGUGGUUGGAGAUAUAGCCGAAUGGUUAUUGCCGGUUUUGUUGUGUAGUGUAACGAAGCUGGAAACUGUUUUGUUUAGUUGAUUAACGUAAUUUUCGUAGCAAACGAUUGCAACCAUGAUGCAGCAUGUAUUUGACGAUGUACGGCGGAUGAAUAGACGACAGGUUCUCUAUCAGGUGCUGAGUUUUGGCAUGAUCGUUUCGUCUGCUUUAAUGAUUUGGAAAGGAUUGAUGGUCGUAACAGGCAGUGAAAGCCCAAUCGUGGUGGUGCUCAGUGGCAGUAUGGAGCCAGCAUUUCACAGGGGGGAUUUGUUAUUUUUAACCAAUUUCCAAGAUGAGCCAGUCAGAGUAGGAGAAAUUGUUGUCUUUAAAGUUGAUGGUAGGGAUAUUCCAAUUGUGCACAGAGUACUCAGGCUACAUGAAAAGCAUGGUCAAAAUCAUACUGUUAAGUUUCUAACAAAAGGUGAUAAUAAUUCUGUUGAUGAUAGAGGUUUAUAUGCCCCGGGUCAGUUAUGGUUAACUCCUAAAGAUGUUGUUGGUAGAGCGAGGGCUUUCUUACCAUAUGUAGGGAUGGUUACUAUAUUAAUGAAUGAGUAUCCCAAAUUAAAGUAUGUGGUCCUGCUAUCGUUGGCACUGUAUGUGUUGGUACACAGAGACUAAGAAUAUUUCAUAUAAAAAAGUUAUAUGAAAUAGAAUACUGUUGAACAUCUAUAAAAAAUACACAUGUGGAGCUAUGUACAAUGUGAUUUUAUGUCUUGUUCAUUUCAUACCACUUGAAAAACCUUUUGUAUACAAGGGGUCAAUGAUGUAACAGUUCUGCGAAAAUGUUUAUAUUUACAAUAGUAAUAAGAAAAUAUUAAGGUGUGUAUGUAUAGCUCCAGUACUUUUGUAUUGUAUUGAGAGAUGGUGUCCUGCCAUUACUGGCAAAAUUGAAUGUAUGAACAUCUUUAUUUCUUUAGGUAAUAUUGCUGUUGUUUUGCCAAAAUUCAUUAAAUUUUUUAAUUAAUAGACACUAAAAAUUCCAAGUUCACUAUGAUACUCUUUUAGAGCUAACAAAAAAUGCAAUUUUUUCAUUGUUAAACAUUUAAUGCAUUCCUUUACAUGAAUUGUUAUGAAUGUACAUAAAUGUUUGUUAAAAAUAUAAGUUACGGAAAUAUUGAUUAUUCAGGUAGUUUCUCCAUAUAAAAACAUUAUAUACUUGCUUAGUGUUUAAAUUAUAUUCUUAUAGAAAUGUUAUCAUAAACCACAAUUAAUAAAAUUUCGAAGUAAUUUUUAUAUAAAUUUUAUAAUACAUUGUAAUAAAAUGAAAUCGUAUUUGAACCUUAUUUUUACCAUGAGCAUUAGUUAAUGAUUUUUGUCAACACAGCAAUGAUAUGGACAAGAUGUAACUGAACUUUAAUUAGAGUUUUGAUGCAUAAAUUAUUUUUAGUAUACAUUACCACAUAGUCGAAAUGUAAGUAAAGCUAUUACUACAAUUGUUUAUUCAUCAUUCUUUUCCCAUCUGCGUAUUGUUAAGGAUACUAUAAGUUUCAUUGUUUAGUAAGUUUUCUAAAUAAUUAAGGAAUCCUCAGGCAUUUAUUACUAGUUUUAUUUUUAAAGUAUCUUGUGUAUUUUAAAUGACACAUUACCAAGAUAGUUGCAUAGCAAUGGUGAUUGAACAUUGAAUUAUAUUCAAUGGCUCUGACUAUUUGACAAAAAUCUAUAAACACUCUGUAUAGAAAGGAAAAAAAAUGACACAGGAAAUUUGAGAAGAUUAACAGUUAAAUGUAUAUACUUAUGUAAGUUUUUAAUAUUUACUGCACAUAAGAGUAAGCGGCAUCUUCUCUAUCUCCUCCAUCAUGGCAAUAUCUGUAGAUAAUAUUUUUAUUUCACAGACAAUGAAUGUUCUAAAAGGUUGACAACAUCUUAGGUCGCGAGGUACCAUAAGUAACGAUACUUGUUUGUAGGUAACUCUUCUAAACACCUUUAUGUGUUAUGUGUUUAGUUCACAGCAAUGUAAUGUUUGUCUCUGACUAUCGGAAAUUAUAAAAUAAAUUUAUAGCAUA